AGAUGUAAACGAAUAAACAGCGUUUCCUGCUGGUUUGUUUGUGUUCUCUGUUGAACUCUACAUAAUGGCCGAGGAAGAAGAUGAUCCCGGUUUUGACGAGGAUUUGGACGACGGAGGAAACGGGGCAGACUCCGGCCAAGGGAGGAGAAAGCGGCUUUUUUCCAAGGAGCUUCGCUGCAUGAUGUACGGCUUCGGAGACGACCAGAACCCCUACACCGAAUCAGUGGACAUCCUAGAGGAUCUGGUGAUCGAGUUCAUCACGGAAAUGACACACAAAGCCAUGUCCAUCGGGCGCCAGGGCCGCGUCCAGGUGGAGGACAUUGUCUUUCUCAUCAGAAAAGACCCCAGAAAGUUCGCCAGGGUGAAGGACCUGCUCACCAUGAACGAGGAGCUGAAGAAGGCUCGAAAAGCCUUCGACGAGGCAAAUUAUGGCUCUUAAAAUUGGCCCUCAGUUGCUAGGCUUUUAUUUUGUUCAAUCAUUGUUAAUUUUUUUUACAUUUUAAUGCUGUUUUGGUUUUCAGUUGCUUGACACUUCACAGUUUAGUUCAUUUUUUUUCAUUUGUUUGUGCAAUAAAUGUACAUCGUUACACUUUUAUCGGAAGAUCUUUUUCCAGAUUAUUUUUUGAAAAGAGCUAACAAGCACUAACUUCUCGAGAAUAAUGAAAAUUAUAAUACAACACCCGUAUAUUAUCAUUAACUGUUUUUGUUAUAAUCGCAUCGUAUGUAAUUCUAAAGAGUUAUUUUACACACUUCAAAA